UGACUCUCUACCCGGACCUGGACGAAGAGAUCGAUUUCCUUCAGUCUGUCAUCGAAAAACAGGAAGUGUCAGAGAUCAAAACUCCGAAGAAGCAGUCCAAACAUCCUGGUGCCAUCACCUCCAAGACAGAUGUUAAAAAGACAGAGACAGAUGCUCCCAGACAUGACCAGAAAAACCAGACCCGUCCCUCUGAUGUAAGACUGCAUGCUGUCACCGCUGCCCCAGGCCCCACCCUCUCUGACCCACCGACCCCACAGCCCAGAGUCAGUGUAGCUGAUGACCGAGCGGAUCCCUCGCUGGUCGCCGGACCCAGGAAUGACAUGAUCAUCGUCGUUCUGAUCUCGCUGUGUGUCACUGUUGGCUCCGUGGCAGUGAUCCUGGCAACUGUCUGUUUCAUCAAGACACAGAAAGAAGCGCGUCUGGUACAGAAGGUUGACUACCCUGCUUUCGGGGGGGGCGGCCAGCCCCCUGCCCCGGCCGCAGGUUCCUCUAUGGGAGAUAAGACUCUGGCCCAGAACGCUCAAAUGUAUCACUACCAACAUCAGAAGCAGCAGAUGCUCUCAAUGGGAAAUAACAAACCUGAACCAAAAGUCCUUGACAAUGAGGCCACAUCAGAUGAGGAAGAGGUGGGAGGAGACUUCACAGUAUACGAGUGUCCUGGACUUGCACCAACUGGAGAGAUGGAAGUGAAGAACCCUCUGUUUGAUGACUCGACUCUUCAUUAUCAGGGGACUCACAAGUGAAUGCUGAAGACUCAACACACACACACACACACGCACAGGCAUUAUAGCGAUUUCUCUGUAAGACACAACUGAUGGGGUUUAUAAAAUUGAUAAUUUUCCUGUAGGCCUUUUUACUAUAAUCUUCCCUGGCUCAGCUUUAAACACAAAUGUACUAUAUGUUGGGUUCCCUUUUAAUUUAUUUUCUGUUUCCUGUCUUUUAUCAUAUAUGCUUUACAGAGCCCCCCCACCCAGGUUUGAUCCUAUAGGUGUUUUAUCAUAUUUAUGUGUUAAAGUCUGAUUUUAAACUUCCUUUAUCACUUUCCUUUGUUUCUGCAGCUAUUUCCAAAGAAUAUGAUACAGGAGCAAACGUAUGAACAUUACGGACACACACGCAUACAUGGGCUAAGCUGAAAACCAGGGGCCCUCCCCUGCAUUUCAUCCUGCAUAGCUAGUGGCUAAAACACAUUCCCAACAGAUACCAGGGAAACACUUAAAAGAUGACACUUCUGUAAAGGCUCCCUAACACAACAAGGUUAAGCAUUGAGAAUGUCACCAGUGGUGUUGCGAAUUUCAUGUCAUAUAAGCUGCACAUAAAGAUUUUAUG